AUCGUUUGUUAGUUCUCAAUAUACUAAUUAAAACAUUUGUUAGAUCACGGUUUCGCUAAAAAAAGCGAAAAACUGUACAUCGUUUAGCUGCCGGAGAGUGGGGGUGAGACGUAAAAUAUGUGGUGGUUUCGGAACGCAUUACGUAAUAGUUCAUCAACACGGGAAACGUGCUUAACCUAUUUUUAAUUUAUUUAUCAGAUUUGUUUAUGCCUAAUACCUGGCUACAUUUCACGUGCAAAAAUAUAGGAUAGAACCGUGCUAGAAGCGGAACUAUCUUUCUGUUAAUGAAGAAGGGCUUUCCCAUCUCUCGCAAUGUGAAAGCUCAAUGGCUGCUGGAGCAUUUGGACUCUGUGAUAAGUACACAAUGCCCGAAUAUAAAGAAUAAGGAGGAACCGGAGCUGGAAGUAUAUAGUAUCGGUGCUGCUGAAGGAUGAGCCUGUUGCAUGGUCUAUAGAUACCAGCCACCAAUUCCUUUAUAAAGUUGUUUUGACGACAUCGAUUGUAUUUCUGGCGCACAAAUAUAGGAUGGUCUUUAGCUUAGAUUUAAGUCCGUCGCUUGCCACUGUUGAUGUACAAAGCGGUGAGAUUGUCAUUGAUGAGGUGUAUCUGGUGACGAAACAAUGUCUUGAAGGUAUAACUAAACCAUUUACGAUACCAGACAGCAGGUGUGUGAUGCAGCCUGAAAUUUAUCUGACUGUGAUAGCUCAUACGCCGUUCUUUACAAGCCUGGCGCAACAAGUACUAGUACGAUGGCUGAUCACUGCGGAUAACGUGAAUUCUCUCACACAAUACGUAGAGAAACAGUUGUACCUGUUAGAGGAGAGAGUAGCGACCGUCACAGCCAUAGCUAAUCAACAAUUAGAAAAUUUAAGGGCAGAGAGCGAGGGUUUGGUAGGGAGGCUUUUUGAGGAAAGUAGCAACUGCUUGAACAAAAAUAAUUGUAAUAUCUCCAUGGUUUCGCCCGAAGCUAGUUUUGUAAAUAUGUUGAGAUACGGGAUGCUGGCUUUUUGACACUUUUACCUGAGCAAAGCUGUGCACAUAUAGUAAUAGUCACGGAUGGUAUCGUCGGAAUUAAAAACGCUCACAAGUUAGAUUCCAUUAUACAGCAAUCUCCACCCUAGGCCGUAUAAUAGAGUGCAAGGUGAGGGAAGCACGUGAUAAAGCACGUUUAACGUUGAAAAUGAUCAUGAAGGAUCUUCUGGAACUCUCUCCGAUUUUGGCAACUUCGUUAGUAUCCACGUUCGCGGUCAUCGCUCCCACCUGUCCACAAAACUACAUAGAAGACAUAAUAGCGACGCACUUAUCGACGAUUGCUUCAUUUGCGCUUCAACAGAGCCGCAAUAUCGAAUUAGUAAACGCCCUGGUGGAGGCGUAUUCCAUGCUGGUUUACUGUCCGUUAAGUAGUCAAUGCGCUUCCGGAGUAGUACUACCGGAACUGAGGCAUCUCAAAACGUUAGUAAAUCAAUGCCUACCUCAAUAAGAAGAUGCGGUGCGUUUCUUGCUCAGAGAAGCAGAGUGCAGGCAGUAUUUACUGAAUGAAGCCAAUAGAUAGGUAUUGAAUAAAAAUAAUCAUGUUAAUCUAAAUAUAUCUGAUCGUGUUUAUAAUAAUUGACGAAUUAAUAACUAUAAGACAUACAGAUGUAAAGAAAUAUAAGAAAUUUUAUAUCUUAUUACUGUAAUUUAUCACGCGGUGCAAUCUUUCGA